UUACCUCAGAUCCGAUUAUUUUUGUCUGGGAAACUACUUCAGGUUUGGGUUUUGUUGUCAUCAGCAAACAUGGCGGCGCCCAUCAACAGCUGAAGUUGGAGCACUCCAGAGGUUUAUAAACACCAUGAGCAACACAAUAUGUGCCCCUCGCGAACAAAUUAUAGAAAAUGAAGGAGACCUAAAGAAGUUAAGGUUUGUGGAGAAGGGCUGGAUGAAUACCUUGCAGAGGAAUUCAGAGGUCUACCUUAUCAAGUUCCAGAAACUCACCAGUGCAAGGCAGCCAAAAGGCACAUGGAUGAGAAGAGUUUCUUUGGAGGUUUACUACAUGUGCUAUGCCCCAGAGUAUGAGACAGUGGAGAACACCAGAUUAAAGCUGCAAGACGGGAGAUAUGUGAAUAGGACGGCUCAAAAUAAAGAACAGGACCAGGGGGAUGAAGAGGAAAAAGCCCAUGUGUUCCGAUACAUUUGCUACCACAGCCAGGACUUCUUACGGUAGCAUCAGUUCCUGAAGUCAAGCCAACAGAGAAGAAGACAAAGCCAGGAAAGCCUCAGAAGAUAAUCUAACAGGGAAAAGGAAAGGGGGUUGUAGUCAGUUGUCCAACUGAAUGUAUUCAACUGAAAUGUGUCUUCCUCAUUUAACCCAACCCCUCUGAAUCAGAGAGGUGUGGAGGGCUGCCUUAAUCGACAUCCACGUCUUCACCGCCUGGGGAACAGUGGGUUAACUGCCUUGCUCAGGGGCAGAACGACAGAACAGACUCCAUGUUCUGAAACGGACAGCAUCACACAGAAGAUAAUGCAUACAUUUGCAUACAAGUUCCUAGACUUUACACCAAUUAGACAGUACUUCAUCUUUUCUCGACAUGUUUUAUUUGUAUAUUUCCCAUCAGAGUAUAAGAAGUGUUUUUAUAUGUAUUUUAUUUUUUUAUAUAUAUUUGCCGUUUCAUGAAAAUGAAUAAAGUAGUGUUGUCCUUAA